AUGGAACCUCAAGAAGAGUUUAUAACUACCGAAGAAGUUGAGCAGGAGAUUGUGCCCACUGUGGAGGUCGAACAAGACGUUCCCGUUGAUAUUGAAGGAGAGAAUGACGACGAUGAUGAAAUGAUGAAUGAUGAUGAGGAAGCUUUGGAGGUCGACAUGUCCAACAACUCGCUUACCUAUUUCGAUAAGCACACAGACUCCGUGUUUGCCAUUGGCCAUCAUCCUAACCUGCCGCUAGUAUGUACCGGUGGGGGUGAUAACUUGGCACAUCUUUGGACAUCACAUUCACAGCCACCCAAGUUUGCUGGCACUCUAACCGGUUAUGGCGAAUCUGUGAUUUCAUGUUCUUUCACUUCUGAAGGGGGCUUCUUGGUCACUGCCGAUAUGUCGGGGAAGGUUCUUGUACACAUGGGUCAAAAAGGUGGCGCUCAGUGGAAGUUGGCAUCGCAAAUGCAAGAAGUCGAAGAGAUUGUUUGGCUGAAAACUCAUCCCACUAUAGCAAGGACGUUUGCGUUUGGUGCAACUGAUGGAUCUGUUUGGUGCUACCAGAUUAAUGAGCAGGAUGGUUCUUUGGAACAGUUAAUGUCUGGUUUUGUACACCAGCAAGAUUGCUCUAUGGGUGAAUUCAUUAACACCGACAAGGGUGAAAAUACGCUGGAAUUAGUCACUUGUUCUUUGGAUAGCACUAUUGUGGCAUGGAAUUGCUUCACUGGCCAACAAUUAUUUAAGAUCACACAGGCAGAAAUCAAGGGAUUAGAAGCUCCAUGGAUUUCCCUAUCAUUAGCUCCGGAAACUUUGACCAAGGGUAACUCGGGUGUCGUGGCAUGUGGGUCCAACAAUGGUCUUCUGGCAGUAAUUAAUUGUAACAAUGGCGGUGCGAUUUUACAUUUAUCUACAGUGAUUGAACUAAAGCCAGAACAAGACGAAUUAGAUGCCUCCAUUGAAUCCAUUUCUUGGUCAUCCAAAUUCUCCCUUAUGGCCAUUGGCCUUGUCUGCGGUGAAAUACUCUUAUAUGAUACAAGUGCAUGGAGAGUAAGACACAAGUUUGUUCUCGAAGAUUCUGUUACAAAACUUAUGUUUGAUAAUGAUGACUUAUUCGCAUCGUGUAUCAAUGGUAAGGUUUACCAGUUUAAUGCAAGAACUGGCCAAGAGAAGUUUGUUUGUGUGGGCCAUAAUAUGGGGGUUCUUGAUUUUAUAUUACUGCAUCCUGUGGCAAAUACCGGCACCGAGCAGAAGAGAAAAGUAAUAACUGCAGGUGAUGAAGGUGUAUCUCUGGUGUUCGAGGUACCAAACUGA